CGAAGAAGAAGAACCUGUAGCAGAGUAGCUGUCCUCCAUCCAUGAAAGUAGUUAGCAAAGCUAACACCAGCGAGCUAACGUCGCCUCAACCAACACGACAUGCACACCUAUAACAGCUAAAGGCUUGCACGCUAUAACUUCACCCAGUGAAACCACAGGUUGACGUGAUGUCAGAGCCUAAGCCCCCCACUCCAACCCCUGGAGACACGUACAAGGGUUGGCUCUUCAAAUGGACUAACUACAUUAAGGGUUACCAGAGACGCUGGUUUGUUCUGAGUAAUGGACUCUUGUCUUACUACAGGACCCAGGCAGAGAUGGGUCACACAUGCCGAGGCACCAUCAACUUGGCCACAGCCAAUAUUGCUGUGGAGGACUCGUGCAAUUUUGUCAUUUCCAAUGGAGGGGCGCAGACCUACCAUUUGAAGGCCAGCUCGGAAGUAGAGCGCCAGCGAUGGAUCACUGCUCUGGAGCUCGCCAAGGCAAAGGCUGUCCGCAUGCAGGCUGAAUCUGAUGACUCGGGGGACGAAUGUCCUGCGGUGCCCCCCACCUCAGGACAGGGUGGAAGUUGCCGUAACUCAGAAGUCCAGUCCACAUUACGCACACUCAGCAGCAAGGUGGAGGACCUCAACACCUGUAAUGAUCUUAUUGUCAAGCAUGGUUCUGCCCUCCAAAGGUCCUUGUCAGAACUGGAGGGGCUUCGUGUGGGAGGGGACAUGGGGGAAAAGAUGAGACAAGUUACCGAAAGAGCCACACUGUUCAGAAUCACCUCUAAUGCUAUGAUUAAUGCAUGUAGAGACUUCCUCUCCCUGGCCCAGAGCCACAGUAAGCGCUGGCAGAAGGCCUUACAGGUUGAAAGAGACCAGAGGAUACGGCUGGAGGAGACUCUGGAGCAGCUGGCCAAACAGCACAAUCACUUGGAAAGAGCUUUCAGAGGAGCUACGGUCCUCCCCCCGUCAUUCAGCAAUCCUGCCUUAGGUAACAAAGGUGGUGGUUCAGGAAAAGGUGACGCCAGUGACGAGGAUGAUGACAAUGAGUUCUUUGAUGCUAUGGAAGACCCAGCAGAGUUUAUUACUGUCCCUGCUGACCCCAAAUAUCACAGGAGAUCUGGCAGCAACGUCAGUGGGAUCAGCAGUGAGACUGGAAUGGACGAUCAGUCGGUAAAUUUUGAUGAACUGUCUUUGGCAUCCAAUCCAGAGUCUCCACAGCCUCUUGAGCUAGAGCCAGUCAGACAAAGACGGACUCGUAUCCCCGACAAGCCCAACUAUUACCUCAAUCUGUGGAGCAUUAUGAAGAACUGUAUUGGAAAGGAGCUCUCAAAGAUACCAAUGCCUGUGAAUUUCAACGAGCCCCUCUCAAUGCUGCAACGUCUGUCUGAAGACCUGGAGUACUACGAGCUGCUGGAUAAGGCUGCUAAAUGUCAGAGCUCUCUGGAGCAGAUGUGUUAUGUGGCUGCUUUCACAGUCUCUUCCUACUCCACCACUGUCCACCGUACAGGGAAACCCUUCAAUCCCCUGCUGGGAGAAACCUUUGAGCUUGAUCGGCUAAACGAAUGUGGCUACCGCUCCCUCUGUGAACAGGUGAGUCACCACCCGCCUGCUGCUGCUCACCACGCCAUGUCUGAGAAAGGCUGGACCCUCAGACAAGAAAUUACUCUGGCAAGCAAGUUUAGAGGAAAAUAUCUCUCCAUCAUGCCUUUAGGUUCUAUCCAGUGUUUAUUUGACAAGAGCAACAAUCACUACUCUUGGAAGAAAGUGACUACAACAGUACACAACAUCAUCGUUGGAAAAUUAUGGAUUGACCAGUCAGGGGAGAUAGAUGUGGUGAACCACAAGACAGGAGAUCGCUGCCACCUCAAGUUUGCUCCCUACAGCUACUUCUCCAGAGAUGUACCAAGAAAGGUAACAGGAGUAGUAACAGAUAAGGACGGGAAGGCCCAUUAUGUGCUGUCAGGAACCUGGGAUGAGAAGAUGGAGUUUUCUCGGGUGAUGCAGAGCAGUAAAGGCGAGAACGGCACUGAAGGCAAACAGAGGACUGUCUAUCAGACACUCAAAGCCAAAGAAAUCUGGAGAAAGAACCCCUUACCGGAGGGAGCAGAAAACAUGUACUUCUUCUCCUCACUGGCCUUGACACUCAAUGAACCUGAAGAGGGAGUGGCGCCAACGGACAGUCGGCGACGCCCUGACCAGAGGUUAAUGGAGGACGGCCGUUGGGAUGAGGCCAAUGCGGAGAAGCAGAGGAUAGAAGAGAAACAGCGCUCUGUCCGCCGAGAGAGGGAGAGGGAGGCUGUUAAAGCAGCCAGCUCACCUGAGGAAGCUGUCUGCGAGGAUUCAGUCAAUGAUUCAGCCUUGAAAACUGAUGUCGUGGAGACUGGCACAGAAGCAAAUGAGGUUUCUGAUGAAAGUGCCCAUCCAGACAACUACCAAGCACUGUGGUUUGAGAAGUUUGACGACCCCGUUUCCGGAGAGACCUUGCACAUCUACAAGGGCGGUUACUGGGAGGCGAAAGACCAAGGCAGCUGGGACAUGUGCCCUGACAUCUUCUAACCCCCCCACCGAGUCAGUCUGUCUUCCUCUGUGGUGUACCAACCUCACAUCAGCUAAAGGGGGGAAUCAAGCCUGACAUCGACCUGUCUGCAGUGUCCGUAGCUUCAACUGAUCACCUUACUCGACUCCCCUUUUGCAGCAGUAAUUUGCUCAGGGUAAUGGGCAUCUGGACCUCACCCUUCAAAGUAGAUGCAAUGCUCAUUGCAGCUGAUUAGUGUUCAGAAUCCCCUCUCACUGCCUCUCAGACACUGAUGUUUGUCUUUGUCCACUACCUGUCCUCAGUCCAGGGUUCUUUGGUACAGCCUAUGAGUUGCAUUUGGCAGCAGGUUUUUAUGGUGAUGUCACAAUGCAUUUACUUUAAAAGCACUACUAUCAGAAGCAGAUGACAUCUUACAAUAUACAAGAGUUGCUUAGAGAUCGAGAGCUACUACCUAACAUGUAGUCUAUGUGUUUGUUGUGUUGUGCACUCCUGAUUAUGACUACUUUUGCGAUGAGUUUAUUGCAGCUUCCCCAACAUGGCGCUACUAUGAGUCAAUCAUACCCAGAGUUUUAAAUAGUUCACACAGGAAAUAUUCAUUAUACCAGUUUCAGACCACACACAUGCAGAGAUGCAUGGCCUUCAGUGGCUCUGACAGAAAAGAUAAAUGCUGUUUUUUAAAAUAAGUAAUUAAUGGCGUAUUUCAGUUAUUAUCUUUGGGCUGGUAUAAAUUAAAAAGUAUCACCAACACCAAGACAUGAUGCAGAGUUUGCCUUUACAUUUAUAGUAAUUUGUGGUGCUACUUCAUUCCCUUAAAUGAACUCCAGAUGUAUACUAUAUCUACACAUUAGCCUUUUUUUUAGUUUUUGUACUCCACUAGUCCAUUUCACAAUCUUUGUGUGAUUUUUUUAUUUUUUCCUGAUAUCCCCCAACUCUGCAUAAGAUACAAUUGAGCAGCAUGAAAACACUCCAUAGUUUAGCUGCUCCUCAGAUUUUGGCCCGGUCGUGUGGUUUGGCCAUCUUAACAAAUAACUGCAGUCUUCUUCUUCACAUAUAUUUACCUUUUUUUCACUAUAUAAGAAUUAAAUGUAAUUUUUCUAUUCUUUUUUGUAUUGCGGAAAAAUUACAUUUCUAUGUGUAGUACAUUUAGUUUAAUAGAAAAUAUGUUCUUUAGUUAAUAUGAUACCACAUUGAAAACCAUGAGUUGAAAAGGUAAUGUCAAAUUCGUAUAAGCACCAAUGAAAAUAUGAUGUAUAGAAAUACUAAUGGCACUGGGGACGAAAACAUUUAGAAACUGCCUUUUUUUCCCAUAACCUUUUCCCUUCAGCAGUUCAAAGUAACUUAAGACCAAAUCCACCUAUUUUGAGUAAGUUGGUACCAUUCUGUAGUCGUCAUUACAACAGAAGUUUUUCCAUUUUUACAAAGUAAAUCUUAUAACUUUGUUCCUUAGACCCACAGAAACCCUGUAAAAAUAUGUUUUGUGGGACACCAUGACCCUGACCUACGAGGCAAUGUCAAGCUCCCCCGACAUAAAAGGGGGGCAGAGGAUGCGUUUUUUUUUUCAAUUUCUAAAGGGGGCAUGCUCAAACUAAAACAGAAUGUUAAGUUGCUAUUAAAAGAGUGUAGCUGUUGACCAGGUUAUUGAGAGCAAGAGCCUCAUUAGAUUGAUCAUAGUGUAUGAGAUUGAGACUAAUCCUUCCGUUAAAGAUACAACUCUAUUUUGAUUCUUCACUCGAGCACACAAAUUGCAGUAUUUUCAUAUAUUAAGUUUGUGCCCUCUUUAAAACAAUGUGUAUCCACCAUUUAAACUCUGCUUUCAAAGUAAAUGUUGAGGCUUUCGAACAGUUGAGAUUAAUUGUAAGUGCAGCGGAGCUGCGUGCUGAUUUCUGCUGGCUCAAUGAUUCGUGAGGCAAGUGUGUUUUGUCUUCCUGGUUUCCUUCAAAACUUCUUGAUCAUAGCUUUAAUCUUGACGUAGGAUAGUUUAGUUGUCGUGUGUUGUGAGUGUAGUUUUUUAACAGACAGCAAUAAGAGUGCCUCAGUGUGUAUACAUGUGGCACAACAUGAAAUGUGUGAACGCUGCAAAAAAAUUCUGUCAUUGUGUUUGUCGUUCUCUGUCAUACGAGUGAAAGGACUGUGUGGCUGGUGGAAAAUCGAAAAUUCAUUUUAUAUUCAAGUGUACUUAAAAGGAGAACACUGAAAAUGAAUCGCAAAACAACAUUGCAAAUAUUUCUGUGUAAAUAUAUUAAAGUAAUUGUAAUAUUAACUGGUAUUGAUAGAGAAUCUAAUGGCAGUUAUGCACUUUUGUUUUCUUUUACGUCAUUGUUUACUCAAAACUGGAUGCAUUUUGUCUAAGCUCAGUGUACACUGAGUCACCCUCGACCGGCCAGGCUGGCUUUAUUUUAAAUGACAUUAAUUUGUUUUAGUCUGAACCAUCUCUUACUGUGAUUUACUGUUGUUUUCAUACAUCAUUUAAACACAUGAUGAAGAGCGUGUGUGUUUUAAAUUACAUAUUUCUGUCUGUCUUGUCUUUUUCAACAUAUAUA